CAAUUAUCAGAUACAUCCAAUGAGCUGUGGACUCCAUAAAUCAAGAGAUUAGCGGCUUGGCAGACCCCGUGCCAUCUUCAGAUUCCAUAUGGUGCCCGACUCAUCGCAACGACAAUCACCAACAAGAUCCACCAAGGCAACACGGAUUGCCGCUGUCCCCUCGUUCUCGAAAGCAGACUCAAAAACAACACGAACAAAAGUUCACAGAACGUACACCGCAUCAAAAUGGCGAGCACGACUACUGCCAGCACCACCUCGGGAGACUACCUCGCCCAGCCCAGCGGGCCAUGCUGCCUCAAGGGCACUCUCCACGAGGGCACCCCGCGCGGGCGCUACGAGACCCUCGCCGGCUUGCAGACCUACAUCACCGAGCCUACCGGCGACGGCGUCAAGCCCAACGGCAACGUAAUCCUAUACUUCCCUGACGUUUGGGGGUUCUUCAACAACGGCCUGCUCGUCAUGGACGCUUUCGCGGAUGCGGGAUACCUGGUCCUCGGGGUUGAUUAUUUCCGCGGGGACCCCGUGACAAAGUACCGCAAAGACCGGCACGACACGACCACAUCCCCGGGCUUCGACUUUGAUGCCUGGAAGGACAAGCACGCCGCCUUUGCUGUGGACGCCGUGCCGCGCUGGGUCGAUGCCGUCGUGGAAAAGUACGGUGGUGGCAGCGGUAGCGACAACAACAACAGCACCACCAAUACUGCCACUUUGGCUGGAGUGACGCACACGGGCCUCAAGCCCAAGUUUGCCUGUACGGGGUACUGCUUCGGUGCGCCGUACGUGUGCGACGAGCUCGCGCGGGGGAUAUGCAGCGUGGGGGCGUUUGGGCAUCCAGCGUUCUUGAAGGAGGAGCAUUUCCGCAAGAUCACGAAGCCGCUCUUCUUGUCCUGCGCCGAGAUCGACCACACUUUCAGCGCCGAGGCGCGCAGGCGCGCGAUAGAUAUCCUGCAGGAGGAGAAGAAGGUGUAUCACCACCAGCUCUUCUCGGGCGUGGAGCAUGGUUUUGCGCUCAGGGGCGACCCGAAGGAUCCUUAUCAACGCUGGGUCAAAGAGCAGAGCCUCUCGGCGAUUGUGCAAUGGUUCGACUUUUGGCUUGCUCAAAAGUGAAGGAUACGCUUGGCCACUGGUGACUGACUGGCUUUGGGCCAUGUCAUGUCGGGUAUGGAAUUUGAUUUAUCACGAUCUUACGUCAAGCCUGAGUAUUGUGGCAGGAAACAAUGCAGCCAAUGUUUACUCACAGACUCGGAUUGAAAAUUUUCGGGCGAGUGAAGAAUCCGCGAGGAGUUCAGGGCCCGGCCUCUGUAGCAAGAAACCUGGGUGCUACUCAACUCUUUAAAUCAUUAUGAUAUGAGGGACGAUAUGAGACAACACCGUCAACCAAUCACAU